AUGGCUUUCUCGACUGUCUUAAAGUACUUAGACUUGACAGGAGUAAACAUUAGUGAAGCAACUACCUGGUUGCAAGUGAAGAACAAUCUUCCUUCUCUGGUUGAUCUACACUUAUCCAGGUGCGGUCUAAGGCUCAUCACUUCUGUUGAUUUUGUUAAUUUCACGUCUCUUCGUGUUCUUGAUCUUUCUGGCAACAAUUUCAACUCCUUUCUACCUUAUUGGUUUUCAACCACCUUGCAAAAUAUGACAAGACUCAGAUAUCUCAACUUGUCUUCCAAUAAUUUCAAUUCCACCGUCCCCAACUGGUUCACCAGAUUUAGAAAUCUAGAGGUUUUGAGUAUUGAAGACAAUCUUGUUAGAGAGGGAAUGUUGCCAGAAUCUCUCGGCAAGCUUUGCAGGCUCGAAGAAAUUUAUUUGUCUAGAAACAGGUUUUCGGGAGACAUACAACAGGCUUUUACAGGAUGCAUCUCAAGAAGCUUGCCAUUCUUGUACUUAGGAUCAAAUAAGUUUUCUGGUCAGAUACCGAAGAAUCUUGGAGAACUGUCCAAAUUACAAGAACGAGACCUUGUUGAUAACAAUUUUUCCGGGCCAUUGCCUGUAAGCCUUGGACAACUUCAAGAGUUAGAAUACCUGGUGAUAUCCCUUAAUUUGUUAGAAGGAUCUGUGUCUGAAGCACACUUCAGAAACCUGUCAAGAUUGAAGAUACUUCGGGCUAAUGGAAACAAGUUGAUUUUCAAACCAAGCAGAAACUGGUCUCCCCCUUUUCAACUCAGAGGCUUAUCUCUGAGAACAUGGCAGCUGGGGCUAAAGUUCCCCAUUUGGAUUAAACAUAUGAGACAUCUGAACUAUUUGAGCCUCGCAAGAAUGGGAAUAGUAGAUGCCGUUCCAGCUUGGUUCUGGACUUCAACCUCCCAACUGAGCAACAAUGCCUGGCACAAAAACAUGCUGGAAAUCCUGAAUCUUCGCAGCAAUAGUUUGUCUGGAGAAAUUCCAGAUUGUUGGAUGACAUGGCCGUUGAUAAGGGUUCUAAGAUUAGAUGCAAAUAGGCUGACAGGAAAAAUGCUGAGCUCCAUCUUGACAGGACGUAUACCAGAAUGGAUAAAUCGGCUUUCCAAUUUGGUCGUCUUCAAUCUUCGCCUAAAUGAGUUUCAAGGCAAUAUUCCGCCUAAACUGUGCCAUCUUAGUUCUCUUCAGACACUAGACAUGGCAGGAAACAAUCUGUCCGGAAGAAUACCAAGAUGCUUCAACAAUUUCAGCAUGAUGGCAGGAAAGCAGCGUCCAACUGAUCAAAUAUACUACUCAACAGAAGAUACGUUUGGUGGAGUUCCUGAUAGUCAAUUUCUAGUGCUGAAAGGAAGAUUUAACGAGUACAGUAACAUUCUUCAGUUUGUGUUGACCUUGGAUCUCUCAGACAACAGCUUAUCUGGAUCGAUCCCUGUCGAAGUAACAAGGAUUGUCCAAGUUCAGGCACUGAAUCUCUCUAGAAAUUCUUUAACUGGAAGCAUUCCGGACAGCAUUGGUGGCAUGGUACUGCUCGAAUCACUCAAUGUUUCCAGGAAUCAGCUCUCUGGUGAAAUCCCAUAA